CUGUCUCUCUCUCUCUCACACACACACACGCCUCACACUCGUCACACCCGCUCCUCGGAACCGCUGCUCACCGAUUCUCACCGAACCGUAGCAUCCAAACAGCUCCAGCAUGUCUUCGGAAGGAUUAGGCGAGACUUUGGUGAUUCGCUUCGGGCUGAUAAACGCCGGCAACAAAUAUCUGACAGCGGAGACGUUCGGUUUUAAAAUCAACGCCUCGGCGAGCUCCAUGAAGAAGAAGCAGGUGUGGACCCUGGAGCAGUCCGGUGACCACGGAGACUCCAAUGCCGUGUUCAUCAAAAGCCACCUGGGUCGCUACCUCGCCACCGACAAGGACGGCAACGUGACGGCGGACAGCGAGCAGCCCGGCCCGGACUGUCGGUUCCUCGUGAUCGCCCACGACGACGGCCGGUGGUCCCUGCAGUCCGAGCCCCACUCGCGCUACCUGGGCGGGACCGAGGACCGGAUCGCGUGCUUUGCGCAAAGCAUCUCGCCUGCGGAGAAAUGGAACGUGCACCUGGCCGUCCAUCCUCAGGUGAACGUGUACAGCAUCGCGCGCAAGCGGUACGCGCACCUAUGCGCCGAGAGGAGCGAGCUCGCCGUGGACCGCGACGUUCCGUGGGGCGUGGACUCGCUGCUCACACUCGUGUACCUGGAUCACCGGUAUCACCUGCAGACCGCCGACAACCGCUUCCUCACGUGCAGCGGUGCCCUGACGGCCAAACCGGGCACGGGCACCGGGUUCACACUGGAAUUUCGCGCGGGGAAGGUGGCUUUCCGGGACGCCACGGGCAAAUACAUCGCGCCCACGGGCCCCAACGGGACCAUGAAGUCAGGCAAGAGCGCGCGCGUCGGCAAAGAUGAGCUGUUUGUCCUCGAGCAAAGUCACGGGCAAGUGGUGCUUACCGCCAGCAACGAGAGAAACAUCUCCAUGCGCCAGGGGGUUGAUUUAUCAGCCAAUCAGGAUGAGGAGUCUGAUCAGGAGGUGUUUCAGAUGGAGAUGGACUGGGAGACAAAGCGCUGUGCCUUCCGAUCUUGCAAUGGGAAGUACUGGAGUCUUACCCUAAGUGGAGCGAUCCAGUGCUCUGCUUCCACUAAAUCCCCCAGUUGUUUCUUUGACCUUGAGUGGAAAGGGUCAAAAGUCGCACUGAAGGCCAGUAAUGGUAAAUACUUGGCAGCCAAAAAGAACGGACAGCUGGCGGCUGCUGUGGACUCCGCAGGUGAGCAGGAGGAGUUUGUGUUGAAGCUCAUCAACAGGCCAUUGAUAGUGCUGCGUGGGGAACACGGCUUUAUUGGUUGCCGCAAACAAGGAACUGGAACACUUGAUUCCAACCGCUCAUCCUAUGAUGUCUUCCAGUUAGAGUACAACAACAAUGCUUACAGCCUCAGAGACUCAGUGGGGAAGUAUUGGACGGUGGAGGCAGAUGGCUCUGUGAUCAGCAGUAGUGACACACCUGUCUAUUUCCACUUUGAGUUCUGUGAUUAUAAUAAAGUGGCCAUUAAGACAAAGGAGGGCAAGUAUCUUAAGGGAGACCAUGCUGGGGUGCUCAAAGCCAGUGGUCAGGGGAUUGCUGAUGCAACAUUGUGGGAAUACUGAGAAUCAUUCAGCAAUCUACACACACAAACAAACGUGUGUUCUGUAAACCUAUACUUUAACAUAACACAUACUCUACAGCAUAAGCACAUGAUAACAUAUAGUCCAUAUUACACAACAUACAAAAAUAUCUCAACAUAAUCUAAUGGAUCAAGGAACAAAAACACAUUUGAAUGUAUAAGUAUAAACAAAUGCACAUAUUAUCACAAUGCACAAAUGAGCUUAAACUUUAACUCAUUAAAUUAAAUAGUUCAGACAAAAUUAUGAAUUCUGACAUCAUUUACUCAUCCUCAUAUUAUUGAAACCUGUACGACUUUUUUCUGUGCAGUAUAAAAGACAAUAUUUUAAAGAACACUGGGGUGCAAACCCCAAAAAAUGCAUUGUACCCUUUUGAUUUUCAUUUUAUGAACAAAAUUUACAAUUGAAGUCAAUGGGAGCCAAAACUGUUAUCAGCGUUCUACAAAAUAUCUUCUUUUGUGUUCAGCAGAAGAAAGAAAUGGAUACAGGUUUGGAACAAAAUAAAUGAUGACAGAAUUUAAAUUUUUUAGGCUGAACUGUCCCUUUAAGAGAAGCACAAGUUAAAGGUGUACUGAUUAAAUCUUUUUAAAAACUGGAUAAUUGUCACACAAACUGUUGAUGUUCUUUGCUCAAACUCAAGAUAGCACUAACACUUUACAAUAAGCUUUCAUUUGUUAGCAUAUAGUUAACAUGAACUACAACACUACUACAGUAUUUAUUAAUCUUAGUUAGUUAAGGUUCAUUUUAACACUUUCUAAUACAUUUUUGAAAUCAUAUGUAUGUAUUAACAUUAGUUAAUGCACUGUGAGCUAACAAACAAACAAACAAACAUUAACAGUGGUUAAUAAAUGUUCAAUAAACAUGAUAUCAUGUUAUUUAAUACAUCAACUAAUGUUAAUAAAUGUGACCUUAUAAGGUAAAGUGUUAACAAGAUAACUGAUCACUGGGACAAAAUUCUGUCAUGAAAUCUUGCAAAAAUACAGUAACCAAUUUAAUGCACAUCAUGUAGGCUCAUUCAAGUCACUGUCAUUGCCUCUCAAAUGCUUUCAUGUCCUUAUUUCUCUCCUUAUAUCUGUUUCAAUUAAAUUUAGAAUCUAAAUGUGCUAUUACAUAAUGGUCAAUAAUUUGCUUAUGCAAAAUGGGCAUACAGCCGUGUCUCAUAAGCCGAGCCUUCGGCCAUAGGGUUUGUUCAUGCUCCCAAAAACAUUUUUAGAGUGAACUGGCUUCUGUAAUGAGGCCAGGUUUUAAAUAGCUGCACCAUGGCUCAGAAAAACUGGAGAAAUAGGCUUGCUCACAUCAGAGAGGUUCAGAUUUCCUUACACUCACAUACACAGGCACAAAGUCAUUUGUUUAAAGUCAAAUUGUUACUUGUGGUGUUUGUGGCCAUUUUGGGUUAGAUGACUUGUAUUCAGCAUUAUUCUGACUACUGGAACAACAGUGUUUUUUAUGUAACUCUAGCUUAUUGAUGAUAACAUGUUGAUUUGCACUUUUUCGGCUAAAGCUUUUUCAUGUGAAUGUGUUGAAAGAAAAAGACAAAGUGUUGGUGCCUUCCUUAGUGGGAUAAGAUCUCCUAGGGUGUGAAAAUGCAGUUUUUAUUAUUUUAUUCUCAUUAUGUGCCAUUUGCAACUGGACAUGACAAUGAAAUAAACAGAAAAUGACAGAAAGUAAAUACCUAAAAA